AGGCAGUCCCGGGGUCGCUCCUCGCGGCCGCAGCAGCCAGCGGGGCUGCCGGCGCCAGGCAGGGCGCCAGGCCGAGCCCGGGCACCCGCGGAGCGGGGCCGCCCCAAGCGCUUCCCGGCGGUGCCAGGAGGAGCCGGCCCGGCCCGGCCCGGCCCGGUCCUCCCCUCUCUCAGCUGACCCAGGCUGGCUUAGAAGGCUGUUCCCUCUCCUGGGAAAAUGGGGACUGAUAGUGAAAACCCAGUCCUGAGGAAUGUGCUCAUCAGCUUCAACUUGCUCCUGCUGGGCGCUGUCCUCAAGCCUUUUGAGUGCCGGCUGGAGGCGACGACAGAGCCGGCCGAGAGGACGGCGGUGGAUGAGGCGGGUGGCCUUGCCAACUGCAGCCCCCCCAUCAAAGAGCAGCCCAUGGUCUUCCACCACAUCUACAACAUCAACAUCCCGCUGGACAGCUGCUGCUCAUCCAUGUUCAAGUCUUCGGGCGAGGAGGUGAGUUCAGAAGACGACCGGCUGGCAGAGUACACGGAGCAGACCUCCGACAGCGAGAGCCAGGUCACCUUCACCCACAGGAUAAACAUGCCCAAGCAGGCCUGCAAGUGCUCCACCUCCCUCCCGUCCCUGCAGGAGCUGCUGAGCAGGAUUGAGAUGCUGGAGAGGGAGGUCUCCAUCCUCCGGGACCAAUGCACCUCCAAUUGCUGCCAAGAAAAUGCAGCCACAGGGCAGCUGGAUUACAUCCCGCAGUGCAGCGGCCACGGGAACUUCAGCCUGGAGUCGUGCAGCUGCGUGUGCAUGGAGGGCUGGGCGGGCAGCAACUGCUCCGAGCCGCUGUGCCCGCGGGGCUGCUCCAGCCGCGGCGUGUGCCUGGAGGGCCAGUGCAUCUGCGACAACGACUACGGGGGCGAGGACUGCUCCCAGCUCCGCUGCCCCGCCGGCUGCGGCUCCCGCGGGCUCUGCGUGGACGGAGAGUGUGUCUGUGAGGAGGGUUUCACCGGCGAGGACUGCUCGCAGCUGCGGUGCCCCCGCGACUGCUCGGGGCGGGGGUACUGCGUGAACGGCACGUGUGUGUGCCAGGAGGGCUUCGCCGGCGAGGACUGCGGGUGGCUGCACUGCCCCAACGCCUGCAGCGGCCGCGGGCUCUGCAGGGACGGGCUCUGCGUCUGCGAGGAAGGCUACGAAGGGCAGGACUGCUCAGCAGUGGCUCCUCCCGAGAACCUGCGAGUGACAGGGAUCAGCGACAGCUCCGUGGAGCUGGCGUGGGACAGCGCCGGGGCAGCCACCGAGUACGUGGUGUCGUACCAGCCGGCGGUGCCGGGGGGCUCCCAGCUCCAGCAGCGGGUGCCCGGGGACUGGAGCAGCAUCACCAUCACGGAUCUGGAGCCCGGCGUUGCCUACAAUGUCAGCAUCUACGCAGUCAUCAGCGAUGUCUUGAGCGUCCCUGUUACCUCCAGGGUGAUGACCAACCUCGCCACGCCGCAGGGGCUGAAGUUCAAGACCAUCACAGAGACGACAGCAGAGGUGCAGUGGGAGCCCUUCUCCUUCCCCUUCGACGGCUGGGAGAUCAGCUUCAUUCCCAAGAAUAACGAGGGUGGUGUGAUCGCUCAGCUCCCCAGCACUGUCACCACCUUCAACCAGACGGGGCUGAAGCCGGGGGAGGAGUACACUGUCACCGUGGUGGCCCUGAAGGAACAAGCCAGGAGCCCUCCCACCUCCGACAGCGUCUCAACCCUCAUCGACGGCCCGACGCAGAUCCUGGUGCGGGACGUCUCGGACACCGUGGCCUUCGUGGAGUGGACGCCGCCGCGCGCCAAGGUGGACGCCAUCCUGCUGAAGUACGGGCUGGCGGACGGGGAGGGCGGCAGGACCACCUUCCGCCUGCAGCCCCCCCUCAGCCAGUACUCCCUGCAGGCCCUGCGCCCCGGCGCCCGCUACCACCUCGCCGUCAGCGCCCUGCGGGGCGCCAACGAGAGCCGGCCAGCCCUCGCCCAGUUCACCACAGAGAUCGAUGCCCCCAAGAACCUGCGGGUGGGCUCGCGGACCCCCGCCAGCCUCGAGCUCGCCUGGGACAACAGCGAGGCCGAGGCCAGCAGCUACAGGGUGGUCUACAGCACCCUGGCCGGGGAGCACUACCACGAGGUCCUGGUGCCGCGAGACACCGGCCCCACCACCCGCGCCACCCUCGCAGAUCUGGUGCCGGGAACAGAGUACGGCAUCGGGAUUUCGGCCGUGAUGGACAGCCAGCAGAGCGUGCCAGCCACCAUGAACGCCAGGACUGAGCUUGACAGCCCCCGGGACCUCGUGGUGACAGCCUCCACAGAGACGUCCAUCUCGCUGGCCUGGACCAAAGCCACGGGUCCCAUCGACCACUACCGCGUCACCUUCACCCCUGCCUCAGGGAUGGCCUCGGAGGUGACGGUGUCCCGGGACGAGUCACAGCUCACCCUCUCAGAGCUGGAGCCCGGGACGGAGUACACCAUCUCCAUCAUCGCCGAGAGGGGACGGCAGCAGAGCCUGGAGGCCACCGUGGAUGCCUUCACAGGUGUUCGGCCCAUCACACAGCUCCACUUCUCCCAGCUGACGUCCUCCAGCGUCAACGUCACGUGGAGCGACCCGUCCCCACCUGCAGACCGCCUCAUCCUCACCUACAGCCCUCGGGACGCGGAGGAGGCGCAGCAGGUCACCCUGGAGGGCACCCGCCGGCAUGCCAGCCUGACGGGCCUGCAGCCCUCCACCGAGUACCUGGUGUCCCUGGUGGCCGUGCACGGCGCCGUCAGCUCCGAGCCUGUGGUGGGCUCCAUCACCACAGGGAUCGAUGCGCCCAAGGACCUCAGGGUGGGCAAUGUCACCCAGGAGUCCAUGAUGGUCUACUGGAGCCCUCCCAUCGCUGCCUUCGACCACUACAGAAUAUCCUACCGUGCUGCUGAAGGGAGGACAGACAGCACCACCCUCCCCAAGGAUGUCACCGAGCACGCCCUGCACCACCUGGAGCCCGCCACCAAGUACGAGAUCGGGGUGAAGAGCGUGCGGGGCCGGGAGGAGAGCGAGCUGACCUCCAUCACCGCCUACACAGCCAUGGAUGUCCCCUUGGGGGUCACAGCCACCAACAUCACCCCCACCGAGGCGCUGCUGCAGUGGAACCCGCCGCUGUCGGAGGUGGAGAGCUACGUCCUCAUCCUCACCCGCCGGGCAGUUGCAGGAGAAACAAUUCUCGUGGAUGGAGACAGCCAGGAGUACCAGCUGACCAACCUGCUGCCCAGUACCACGUACAUGGUCUCUAUGUACGCCACCAGCGGGCCCCUCACCAGCCAGACCAUCAGCACCAACUUCACAACUCUUUUGGAUCCUCCAACAAAUCUGACUGCCAGCGAAGUCACCCGACGGAGCGCCCUGCUCUCCUGGGUUCCUCCCGUGGGAGAGAUCGAGAACUACAUCAUGACCUACAGAUCUCCUGAUGGCAGCCGGAAGGAGCUGAUUGUGGAUGCCGAGGACACGUGGAUCCGCCUGGAGGGGCUGUCGGAGACCACGGAGUACACCGUGCGCCUGCAGGCUGCCCAAAACGCCGUGCGGAGCGGCGUCAUCUCCACCACCUUCACCACAGGAGGCCGUGUGUUUGCAAACCCCCAGGACUGUGCCCAGCACCUGAUGAACGGGGACACCCUGAGCGGCGUCUACACCAUCUCCAUCAACGGGGACCUGAGCCAGAGGGUGCCGGUGUUCUGCGACAUGACCACCGACGGAGGCGGCUGGAUUGUCUUCCAGCGGCGGCAGAACGGGCUGACCGAUUUCUUCCGGAAAUGGGCAGAUUACCGGGUUGGCUUCGGAAACUUGGAGGACGAGUUCUGGCUGGGCUUGGACAACAUCCACAAGAUCACGUCCCAGGGGCGCUAUGAGCUGCGCAUCGACAUGAGGGACGGUCAGGAAGCAGCCUACGCCUACUACGACAAGUUCUCCAUCGGCGACGCCCGCAGCCUGUACAAGCUGCGAAUCGGGGACUACAAUGGCACUUCAGGGGACUCCCUCACCUAUCACCAGGGCCGCCCCUUCUCCACCAAGGACAGGGACAACGACGUGGCCGUGACCAACUGUGCCAUGUCCUACAAAGGGGCCUGGUGGUACAAGAACUGCCACCGCACCAACCUCAACGGCAAGUACGGAGAGUCCCGGCACAGCCAGGGGAUUAACUGGUACCACUGGAAAGGCCACGAGUUCUCCAUCCCCUUUGUGGAAAUGAAGAUGCGACCUUACAACCACCGGAACAUCUCUGGGAGGAAGCGACGGUCCCUACAGCUCUGAGCCAGCUGAACCCCCUCCUGCCUCCCACCACCUGACCUUUUCUGUCAUUUGUUUGUAUUUUAUAAUAUGAAAAGGGAAAAAAAAAAAUUACUACUCGUCUGAGAUAGCAACCUGCCCCUCACAAAUGCUGGAGGGAACCACGGCACAAGGAGAGGCCGUGGGAAAGGGAAGACCUCAUUGCUUUGCAUCUGUCCCAGAGAAAUACCAAAUUUCCAGUCUCCCUAACCCAAUACUCUGACCCUUAACAUGAGAAGAAAGAGAAAGAGACAGAUUUUUUUGAUAUUUUUUUAAAAGACGUAGGAAUCCCCAGCAAACCCUGUUAGAACGUUUGUCGUAGGGCUUGUGGCAGGAACCUUUCCCACAGGGACCUUGGUGCAGCCACUUCCACCCCAGUCACGGCCAGGGGGGCCCAUCCUCUCCCUGCCUUUUGUCCCCUCCUGGCAGGGAGGUCCCAGGCUUUAUGCCAUCCUGUAGACACAACCCUUCCAGCAGGCAGAGGCCCAUCUCUCCCCUAUGGGCAGCCUCUGAACCCACGGAGACCAAGCGAGGAUGAGCAAACACAAAGCUCACCCCAUCCCCAGUUUUCACAGAUCCCACCCAGAGGGGCUUGGCAAAUAUCUGUAGAUGUAGGCAAACUCCAGAGAGUCCCCAGCUCAUGUGUUGGUCCCACCACAGCCAAAGUCAUCCUUGUGGGCAUGGGGUGUAGGGAAACAAGAGCUGCUCCACCAGCCCCAACACGCAUUAUCCACUCCUCUGAGCUGAAUUCAUCCUGCUCCAGGUGCACAUCAGCCUGGGUUAUGCUGAGCUUGAGGCAGAAGAAAGGACUUAAAUUAGAAGACUUGGGAGAAAAAUCAUUCCUUGUGGCCCCAAAGCUGAGGGCCCGUUUCCUCUGCUAUUUCUACAUUUCUGCCGUGCUCUCUCUCACCGAGGUCAUUGGUCCCAAACCAAAGGGUCUCAGAGAAGGAGCAGCAACCAAAAGAUACCACACAACCACAGCCCAGCCUGAAGCCAACAGCUGUCACAGCCAGGUGCUCCUGUUCAUGGACCUCCACGCACACAGGAAUGAUGACAACACAGCCAAGGGAAGAGAAGUGCAAGCUGAGGAAUUCACAUUCCCUUCCUUCUCCUACAGCAUCUCUCUUCUACACCAUCAGAAGAGGGACACAAAUCUCAGUGCCUUGGUAUCACCAUUUCUCUAACAGGGAAUCAACUGUUUCCCCUCCUGGAAGAAAGGCUUAGUCCUUUCAGAUUUUGGAGCACUUCAAGGCCCUUGGAAGAAUUGAUGAGUUCGCUCUUCCCAUCCUUCUCCUAUCUCAAGGAAGGUGGACCCUUCGGAUAGCUCUGGCUGUGCUCAGUUGUCACUGACACCACCUCCACAGAGCCCAAAUGGCCACCACGCUCAAGUCACCCCUCUGCCGAGGGCUCUGAUCAAUGCUGGGCAUUGUCACUGGCCUGGUCUGGGAGAGGGGACGCGUCCCCACGUCCAAGGACAAUGCAGCUGAUUGCUGGGUUGGCAGCCAGGGCAGCAUUACAAAUGCUGAACACUGCGUUUUCUUUUUAUCACACUGAAGCUGCUUUGUCUCAAGAACAUCUUCCAGAUGGCAACAUAAAGGCAUCUUUGCAGUAGCUUAUAAAUUCAGGCCAGUGUCUCUUUCACGGCCACGCUCCUGGAUGUUCUGACGUUACUCACCACGGCUGCAGAGCUGAAGAGGGGCAUUAAGUGGGGAGUGCAGCCUCCUUGGCCGUGCCACGUCCUGGCACAUGGAGUCACAGCUAACCCCAAGGUCAGGACUAGAUACAGGGCCCAGCCCUUCACAUGGCCAGCUUACAAACUGCAGCCUGACCUGCAGAGAGGAUGCUGCAGCUCAGCAACAUCUCAUAUGUAAAUGAGGCAUCUCUUCUUACUUCCCAUCAGCAUCAAAUCAGACAAGAAGUGAAGCAGUUGAUGAACAGGUCAGUCAGAGGCUGCAGAUGAUGGGAUCUCUCGCAGGACAUGGCCAGUGUCACAGAUGGCAGCAUGUCACACAUCCUGAGCACCCAGCCCUAUUUUAAAGUCCCAAGAACCAACAAAAAGCAGCAGAUGGAACAGAUUAAAAACUAAGAAGCCUCUUAGUAGACCGGCAGAGCAAUUUUUCCCAACACCAUCAAGAAUUUAUAGGCAAGAAGUGUCCUAAGAAAGGCUGUAUGGUGCAGUGGUUACAACUAGGAGCAGAGAUUGGCAUUCACCACCUGGUCUGGAUGAUGCUGUUUACUUACCUACCCAGGUGGAAGGAAAAGACAUGAGUGGAAACAUUUGCGGCUCAUCAUUCAUAACCAAGCUGAAGGCAAGAAACCUCUCUUCUCAAAAGUAUGACUCAAACAGAAAAUCAAAGCACAGCAAGCUUUUCCAGGAGGUUCAAAAGGACAUCCUCAAAAAGGCUGAUUAUUCUCUACACAGGUUUACUGACAUAUAUCUCUCCCUCCUUCCUUGUGUCUGUCAUCCCUUUUACAAGUCCUGUAACCAGGAUGAGUUGGCCCAGUUGACCCAGCUCCACAGCUGAGUAUGAAGGACGCUCUUGGGGACAAUAUCCAACCUUCCAAUGCCAUUAUAUGUAAGUGCUGGUCCCUGACCUCACACAUGAUUCCAGGGUGUUGUCUUUCCAUUAUCUUGGUGAAACACAGAAAAUCUUUUAAAGGAAAGACUUCUACAGGUCAUGGUUUUCUUCUGGUGAUAACCCCACCCAAGGCCAGGCACACAAUCAGCAACAACAACCCGGUCAUUUGGGCCAUUGUCCCUUGUUCACAUUGUCCACAAACAAGAUACAAUUUUCCAGAAAUUAAUUUUUCUGCACUACCUAAUGAAUAUUUUUUUUUUCCUUUUGGACAAAGCUCUGACAGCAAUUUCAAGCAGAUUUGUGCUUAGUGUUGAUGUUGCAGAAGGGCAGGUGAUUAACUACAGUUUCUCCUCACUCUCCAUCACUCUUUCUCUGAAUUUGUUCUCCAACCAGACAAGUCUGGCCCUGAAAUUCCCAGAAACCAAGCCUGGAUCCUGUGCAGUGCUCAUCUUGAGAGACCUCGGCUCCAGCACGUGAACCAUCAGCGGGCUCUGGUGGCUCUGCUGUUCCAUCCUGGGCUCGGGUGGCCCAGGCUUGUCCCAGAGCCCAGAAAGGAACCCGAAGCUGUCACCCAAACCACUCAAUCCACUGCGAGAUGCCACCUCACACAACAGGGGGCAGGAAGAAGCACAUCAGGUCCUGCACACAGCAGAACACCACGUGCAUCCAGGACCCUCUCAGCUCUUAUUUCUAACCCCAAAAUCCUGGAAGGAAACACCAAGGGACUUUCUCAUCUCUUGCCCAGUUUUCAUUUCCCUCUGUUUCCCUUCUCCAAGCCCACCUUCCCAAUGCACACUGCACUAAAACAUAACCAAAGAAAAAAAAAUAAAUGUCCUGAAAGGAAAAGCUGCUUUUAGCAAAGUGAUCCUCAAGGCAGCAAUUUAUAAACUAAUAAUUUUGAGGAGAGAGGCCAUGCUUUCCUCAAGGUUAGGUAGGUUUUGGCAGGAGGAUACUGGAAGAACAUGUACACAAAGGUUGGGGAGAAGCCUUUGCUUCUACUCCUUAUCUCUGCAGUACUUUACCAUGGGCAUCUCAAAGCAUAGUACCAGAUUAAAUGCACCCUUGCCCCAACCCUCUCCCUCCUUCCCAAAGUGAUGCUUACCCCAGGUGAAGUGCCAGGGUGUGGAAAGCACAGCGCAUGCCACCUUCAUCCCCAGUGGUGUGGCAGGUGAGGGCUCAGCCAGUGAUGUCCCCGUGCCCACAACAGACUCAGAGUGACCUGUCAAAAUACAGCAGGAGCCAAAACACCUGCCUGGUGCAUCACCACAGCAGCACAUGCCCUCAUCCCAACCCAGAGCUGCCCUCCUGGUGUGUCCCCAUCGUUGCACCUCGAGGUGAUGACACAUCCCCUGCCUGCCCUGUGCCCCCCAGAAACACCCACAAGUUUUGACUUUACCAGACACUGCCAGCAAAGAGCUCUCACCCCAAAAAACCCCCUUUAAUUCAUGCUUACACCUGCUAACAAAGGGCUCUGUCCUGGGGCCAAGCAAGAAGCCCAUCCCUGUUCCUGCAAACCAAGCACCCUGGGAUGGCCUUAAAACCAGCUGAACCCUCUGGGAACCACCAGCACCCUCCAGGGUCACCUUGCCCCUUCCUUAUUAAACCCUGAUGGUGGUGGCAGCUCCUUGCCCCUUCCAGAGGGGGGGUUUGGGGGAAGGGGAAGAGAAAGGCCCUUCCCUGGGGAGACCCUGAUGCCCAGACCCACCUUAAUACCCUGCCUGCAGCUCUCAAGAUGUCAGUGGCUUCUCAGAAAGAGGGGGACACAAAGACCUAAACAAACAAACAAACAAGCAGCCCCCUGUGUAACCCUGGAAAUGCAUUUAAGAUAUUAAAAAAAAAUUAAAACCAUAAAUACGGAGGGAGAACGGAGGCAACGAAAUGCCUUGGACAGGUUCUGCUGAACUCAAACACAAACCAAUGCAACCAAAUGAGGGGGAAGAGGAAAGCAAAGAAAUGCAGAAAUAAAAUAAAUAAUAUAAAUAAAUAAUAUAUUAAACAACCCUCCCCACCCUGUAAUGAGAACGUAGCUCGGAGAAUGGGAUCGACGCUUGUUAACCAUUGUUAACUAGUAUUUUUAGUCCUGACCGCUCUUAGGCUAUGUAUAGUUCCUUUUUUUAAUGCAUUUUCUAUACAUUAAUAAAAGAUACUGAAGGAG